AUGGGGAUUUUUGAACCUUACAGAGCAAUCGGAUGUAUCGCCGGCGGCGUCCCCUUCACCGUUCAGAGGCUCGGUACCGAAGCUUUCGUCACCGUCAGUGUUGGAAAGGCUUUUCAGAUUUUCAAUUGUGCAAAGCUCACUUUGGUUCUCGUUGGUCCUCAACUUCCUAAGAAGAUUGGUGCUCUUGCUUCCUAUCGUGAUUAUACUUUUGCUGCAUAUGGAAACAACAUUGGUGUUUUCAAGAGAGCACACCAGGUUGCAACUUGGAGCAGCCAUGAUUCUAAGGUUAAAUCGCUGCUGUUGUUUGGAGAACAUAUUGUUAGUCUUGAUGCUCAGGGAAAUAUGUUCUUGUGGGCGUUCAAGGGAAUCGAGGACAACCUUGCUCCCGUUGGCCAUAUUAUGCUAGAUAAGAAUUUUAGCCCCAGUUGUAUUAUGCAUCCAGAUACUUACCUAAAUAAGGUUCUUAUUGGGAGUGAGCAAGGUCCUAUGCAGCUUUGGAACAUUAGCACAAAGAAAAAAAUAUUUGAGUUUAAAGGAUGGGAUUCACCUAUCUCCUGUUGUGUCUCGUCCCCUGCUCUAGACGUUGUCGCAGUUGGCUGUACAGAUGGAAAGAUUCAUGUUCAUAACAUACGUUAUGAUGAAGAAUUGGUUACGUUUACACAUUCCACACGUGGUUCUGUAACUGCUUUAUCUUUCAGCACUGAUGGACAACCCCUUCUGGCUUCUGGAGGUUCAUCUGGUGUUAUAAGCAUUUGGAAUUUAGAAAAGAAAAGGCUCCACUCAGUUGUAAGAGAGGCUCAUGAUGGUGUGAUAACUUCACUGCAUUUUUUUGCUAAUGAGCCAGUGCUAAUGAGUUCAUCGACAGACAACUCUAUUAAAAUGUGGAUUUUUGACACAAGUGACGGUGACCCCCGCCUUUUGCGCUUUCGAAGUGGGCAUAGUGCUCCUCCCCUCUGCAUAAAGUUUUAUGCCAAUGGAAGACAUAUUCUUUCUGCUGGCCAGGAUCGAGCCUUUCGCCUUUUCUCUGUUAUACAGGACCAGCAAAGUAGGGAGCUUUCACAACGCCAUGUUUCUAAACGCGCUAAGAAGCUGAGAGUUAAGGAGGAAGAAAUAAAAUUGAAGCCUGUCAUUGCAUUUGAUUGUGCUGAAAUUAGAGAGCGCGAUUGGUGCAAUGUGGUUACUUGUCAUAUGGAUACUGCUCAAGCAUAUGUGUGGAGACUUCAAAAUUUUGUUCUUGGAGAGCAUAUAUUAAAUCCAUGCCCUGAAAAUCCAACGCCUGUAAAGGCUUGUGCCAUUAGCGCUUGUGGCAAUUUUGCCAUUUUAGGGACAGCUGGUGGUUGGAUUGAAAAGUUUAACCUUCAAUCAGGAAUUCAUAGGGGGACUUACAUUGACAUGUCAGAAUCAAGAAGUUGUGCUCAUGACAGUGAAGUGGUUGGGGUUGCUUGUGACUCAACAAAUACUUACAUGAUAAGUGCUGGAUAUCACGGAGAUAUAAAGGUUUGGGAUUUCAAAGGACGGGGUCUUAAAUCCAGAUGGGAGAUUGGUUGUUCUGUUGUUAAAAUUGUUUACCAUCGUUAUAAUGGACUCCUGGCUACAGUAGCAGAUGAUUUAACAAUCAGAUUGUUUGACAUCGUGGCUCUCAGACUUGUUCGUAAAUUUGAAGGUCACACAGAUCGUAUAACAGAUUUAUGCUUCAGUGAGGAUGGGAAGUGGCUUCUCUCAUCCAGUAUGGAUGGAAGUCUUAGAAUUUGGGAUGUGAUCUUAGCUAGACAGAUAGAUGCUAUACAAGUUGAUGUGCCUAUCACAGCAUUAUCUUUGUCCCCAAACAUGGAUAUAUUAGCAACUACCCAUGUUGAUCAAAAUGGGGUAUACCUGUGGGUAAGCCAGGCAAUGUUCUCUAGUAGUUCAAAUAUUGAUUCAUAUGCAAGUGGAAAAGCGGUUGUGAGUGUCAAGUUGCCAACUAUCUCUUCUACAGAAGAUGCUCAAGCUGAGCAUUCUAGUGAGCUGGUGAAUGCUUCUCAACCUAAAGAUGCUCCGGCGAUAACUCCGGCUUUCCCAACUCAAGAAAAGCAAAUACCUGAUUUAGUUACACUUUCAUUGCUGCCCAAGAGCCAGUGGCAAAGCUUGAUCAAUUUAGACAUUAUAAAGGUUCGCAAUAAACCUAUUGAGCCUCCCAAAAAACCUGAAAAGGCUCCAUUCUUCCUGCCUUCAGUUCCAUUGCUCUCGGGGGAAAUAUUGUUUGAGCCUGGGAAGGGGUCAGUACAGGAGAAUGAUGGAGUAGACAAUGAAAAGCAAAUAAACAAAACAAAAUUAGAUAUGCCAUCAUCCCGUUUUCUGCAUCUUCUUCAAUCCACAAAGGAUUCAGACAGUUAUGGAGCAUUCACUGAUUAUAUCAAAGGGUUAUCUCCUUCAACUCUAGAUAUGGAACUCCGAAUGCUUCAGAUCAUUGAUGAUGACGAUGAUGAGCAAGAAGAUGAGAAGAGACCCGAGUUGGUAUCAAUUGAACAGCUGAUGGAUUAUUUUAUUUUUGAGCUCUCCUCCAAAAACAAUUUUGAGUUUCUACAAGCUGUCAUCAGGCUAUUUUUAAAGAUCCAUGGGGAGGCAAUUCGAAAACAUUCACACUUGCAAGAAAAAGCAAGGAAACUCUUAGAUAUUCAGAGCAUGGUAUGGCAGAGGGUAGAUAAGUUGUUUCAAAGUACGAGGUGUGUGGUUGCUUUUCUUAGUAAUUCCCAAAUUCAUGCUUGA